GACAGAGAGAGUGCUCUGUAGUUGGAGAGAGAGAGAGAGAGAGAAGAAAAUGGGCGAGGUGCCACCAUCGUAAGAAAGAAAGCAAGAAAAACAUCAACAGCAAAAGCAGUUGCUUCCCACUUAAUCUUCUCUUCUCUCUCUCUCCCUCUCUCUCUCUCUCUCUCUCCUAUCUUCCCCUUGAAAACCCUAGCUCUGCUUCACUGCUCUUCAAGACUCUGAAGAUCCUAAAUAAUCAUUUUGUUUGCGUUAUUAUUUUUCUCGGAAAAUCUCUGAUUUGUCUAGAGAUUGAGAAAUGUUGUUACAAUUCGUGUCUUUUGUGUGAAUUGGAGCUUUGAUUAUGGAGGUUUGAGCUUUUGCGUUGGGAAAAGCAUUUUUUCUUUUUGGUGAGGUUUUUGGAAUGGCUGCGGAAGGUGCAUUGUCGUUCUCUGUAGCGUCCAUGGUGGAGGAUGUUCUUCAGCAGCACGGAAUUCGAUCCAGAGAACUUGAUUUGGAUUCUCGCAGAGCAGAGGAAGCCGAAACAAAUUCACAAGGCUACAAAGCUUGAGCAGGGUGUUUGGCUUAGUUGAGAUGGCCUUUCCAUCUUCUGAAAUCCAAAACAGCCUGAAACUGGGAACAACGAGACGGUAUGAAGCAGCUGGGUGGUUAAGAAAGAUGGUUGGAGUUGUCGGAGCAAAAGAUUUGCCAGCUGAACCUUCUGAGGAAGAGUUCAGGCUUGGUUUGAGAAGCGGUCUGAUUCUCUGCAAUGUUCUCAAUAAAGUUCAACCUGGAGCAGUGCCAAAGGUGGUGGAGAGUCCUUGCGAUUCGGCUCUAAUACCUGAUGGUGCAGCUUUGUCUGCAUAUCAAUAUUUUGAAAAUGUGAGAAAUUUUCUUGUAGCUGUGCAAGAGUUGGGGCUUCCUACUUUUGAGGCAUCUGAUCUGGAACAAGGAGGGAAAUCUGCAAGGGUUGUGAUUUGUGUUCUAGCACUAAAAUCCUACAGUGACUGGAAACAGACAGGUGGAAAUGGAGUAUGGAAAUUUGGUGGAAAUUUAAAAACUGUGACGUCUGGAAAGCAUUUUAUGCGAAAGAAUUCAGAACCAUUCACAGGUUCCUUGACAAGGAACUUGUCAAUGGGCGAAAAAUCUUUGAAUGCUAUAACCACUGACCUCGAUUCUAAUAAUAAGCGUAAUUCUUCUUUGAGUAUGCUUGUUCGAGCAAUUCUGUUAGAUAAGAAGCCUGAAGAAGUGCCAACACUGGUGGAGUCUGUGCUAAGUAAGGUUGUGGAAGAGUUUGAGCAUCGCAUUGCAAGCCAAACCGAGUUGAAGAAAAAAACUUCAAAAGAUGUGAUCGUUUCUCAGGGCAACAAAUCCCUCUUGAAGCAUGGUUCUGGUGAUAUCCAGGUAGAAGAGAAAAGUUUCAUGCGAGUAAAGAAAGAGGAAUGCUUUCAUAGAAAUCAUGUCCCUGAUGAGGAAUCAAAAAAACAAUUUCUGAAACAGAAGAUGAUAUUUGAACAACAGAACAGAGAUAUUAUAGAGCUUAAACAAACUCUUCACACUACAAAAGCUGGUAUGCAGUUCAUGCAAAUGAAGUUUCACGAGGACAUCCACAAUGUUGGUCUGCACAUUCACGGCCUUGCCUAUGCUGCUUCUGGAUAUCACAAAGUUCUUGAGGAAAACCGCAAACUAUAUAAUCAAGUGCAGGACCUUAAGGGAAGUAUUAGGGUUUAUUGUCGAGUUAGACCCUUCUUGGGUGGGCAGUCGAAAUAUCUAAGUACAGUGGAACAUAUAGAAGAGGGAACAAUUACUAUUAUUACACCAUCAAAGUACGGAAAAGGGCAUAGGUCCUUCAACUUCAACAAAGUUUUUGGGCCAUCUGCAACCCAAGCGGAGGUUUUUUCAGAUACCCAACCACUGAUUCGAUCUGUUCUUGAUGGGUAUAAUGUAUGUAUAUUUGCAUAUGGCCAAACUGGAUCAGGAAAAACUUACACAAUGAGUGGACCCACGGAUCUUAUAGAGCAAAAUCAAGGUGUAAAUUACAGGGCAUUGGGCGAUUUGUUUCUUCUGGCAGAACAAAGAAAGAACACUGUUAGCUAUGAUGUUUCUGUUCAGAUGAUUGAGAUAUAUAACGAACAAGUUAGAGAUCUACUCAUUACUGAUGGUCUUAACAAAAGAUUAGAAAUCCGCAACAGUUCUCAAACUGGACUCAAUGUACCAGAUGCAAGCCUUGUUCGAGUGACAUCAACAUCUGAUGUUAUUGAUUUGAUGAACUUAGGACAAAAGAAUCGUGCGGUGGGUGCAACAGCCCUCAAUGACCGUAGUAGUCGCUCUCAUAGUUGCUUGACUGUUCAUGUCCAAGGAAGGGACUUGACAUCUGGAACUAUUCUUCGUGGUUGUAUGCAUUUAGUUGAUCUGGCAGGAAGUGAGAGAGUAGACAAAUCUGAAGUUACAGGAGAUAGACUAAAAGAGGCGCAACAUAUAAACAAAUCUCUUUCUGCUUUGGGUGAUGUGAUCUCUUCCCUUGCUCAGAAGAAUUCACACGUCCCUUACAGGAACAGCAAACUCACACAAUUGCUCCAAGACUCACUUGGGGGCCAAGCCAAGACACUAAUGUUUGUUCACAUAAGCCCUGAGCUCGAUGCUGUUGGAGAAACAAUAAGUACACUCAAAUUUGCUGAGCGGGUUGCCACCGUUGAACUUGGUGCUGCCCGUGUAAACAAAGACAGUGCAGAUGUUAAAGAGCUCAAAGAGCAGAUUGCUAGUCUUAAAGCAGCCUUGGCAAGGAAAGAAGGGCAAGGCGAGCCUAUGCAACAGCAGAAAGUGUAUAGUAGCCCAUGUAGCGCAGUGUCCUCACCUUAUCAUCCUAGGCCACAGAAUGGAGAUAUAUUGGCUGAUCAGAAAAGUGACAGGAAACCAAUGGGAGAUGUUGGCAACAUAGAGGUCCGUAACAACUCAGCAUUAUUGAGGCAAAAGAGGCAAAGUUUCGAUCUUGAUGAGCUAUUAGGAAAUUCACCUCCCUGGCCUCCAGUCAGUAGUCCUGGCCAAAAUUACGGGGAGGACGAUAAAGAAACAGUCUCAGGUGAGUGGGUAGAUAAGGUUAUGGUGAACAAGCUAGAUGCUGGACACAGAGUUCACAACCCUUUGGGACAUUGGGAAACAGAAAGCGGACAAAUGUCUGAUGUCUUUUACCAGAAAUAUCUCUCAGAUUCUUCCAAAAUCUACACAGAACCGUCGUUUAAUGUACUGACAGGGAGCAACCACCAGUUUGACAUUGCUACGACGGAUGAUUUGGAUGAGCUUGAUGCCGGAACUACUAGUGACUCUUCAGAGCCCGAUUUGCUUUGGCAAUUCAAUCAUGCCAAACUUACCAACUUAACUAAUGGAAAUGGCUCGAAGGCCCCAAAACAUAGUCCAAAGCCAGCAAAGACACCAGAACUAAGCCGGAACACUGUUUCUAGGUUCGGCCCCUUGCAAUCACAGAAAUUGUCAAAUGGCAAAAGCCCCAUUCCCCUGCGGAAUGGGAGGCCAACUGAAUUUAAACGGAAAACUGGGACUAGAAAGUAGGGAAGGUCACAGUUGUAUGUAGCAAAAAGAAGUUUUACAAAUUUAUUUUUUAUUUUUUUUAUUGUUUGUUUUUGUUUUUGUUUUUGUGUUUUUAUAUGUAUGUAUGUCAGUGCAGAAAUAAUUCUGGUUGCUUUGUCUUUGUUACUAUCUUCGUUCCAAUUUGCUAGAUUACAUACUCAAAUGUUUCUUCAUUCAGAGAUAAAAGUGUUGUAAAUGCCAUCAUCUUAUGAAGCUACAAUUUACGUUUGAACUGCGUUUCAGUUGUGAAGAUAAAAA